UGUCAGGGAGGUGGGGCUGAUGCUAGAAAGAACAGCACACGGAGUUUCCAGAAAGGUCAGCUGUACUUUCAGUUCAUCCCGUACAAGAGAGGGGGUGAGUAGGAGGCGAAUAGCAACACAAGACAUCAGAUAUGGAAAUAGCAGAGAAGGUCCUGAACAUAGCCCAGGUCAUCUACACCCAAUGUGAACAUGUGAAGUACUGUCAGUCCCAGUGCAAACGCCUCAGGGACCGCAUUCAAACCCUAAUGAGACCUAUAAAGAUCCUCAAGGCGCAGACUCCACAACAAAUCUCCCCUCCAGUAGAGAAGACCCUGAAGGGACUGUUGAAGACUUUGGAGAAGGCCCAAGAGCUGGUGACAAAGUACAGCCAGAAGACAUGGCUACAGAAGUUCUUUCAAGCCAGUGAUAUUAAAGAAGAGUUCAUGCAGGUGAAUGUGUGUCUUGGAGAUGCUGCUCAAGGGCUCUCACUCCUACUGCAGGCUGAGCAGCAACAGGCCUUCCUAAAGGUCUUCCAGCAAGAUACCUGCAACAAAGAGGAUGACAAGGACAUCAAGGCUGAUAAGGCCUUCUUGGAAGAGCUGCUUGCAAGCAGCAAAGAGACAAGAGAUGCAGUGGAUGAUGUCCAUAACAGUGUGAAAAAUGUGGAUGGCAAGGUGGAAGAACUUACCCAAAUGGUGAAAAUGUUUGUAGAAGAAUCAAGCAUGAAAAAAGACAACGCAGGUCCAGAAAUAGCUGAGAUUGUGAUAGAGAAUCUAAUUAAGACACCGUGGACCCUCCUGAUGGAAACCAGAAGCCAUGUGAUUUACAAAGGAGAGUACCAUAAAUGCCCUGUUGCCAUCAAAGUCUUCCAAAACCCAGUAAUCACCUGUGCCAUAACAGUGAGGGACAUUUUCAAGAAGGAGAUUGAAACCAUGAAGAUCUUUGAACAUCCAAACAUCCUCCGUAUGUAUGGAAUAUGCAUUGAUGAGAGAGAGUCAAGACCUCAUUUCUCUAUUGUUAUGGAGUAUUGUAGAUAUGGGACCUUGAGAGAUGUCUUAACAAAAAACCCUGAGCUCUCCUGGGAUGAUCGCAUUCAGAUGGCACUGGACGUAGCCAGAGGUGUCUACAGGUUGCAUCACACAGAGGUGAAGCCUAGAUUGCAUGGAUGUAUCAGUAGCACCAAGUUCUUUGUUGCCGAAGGUUACCGUGUGAAGCUGUCAGGAUUUGAGUUAUGUAAAACAGAGUCCUCCAUCAAACGGAACUACAAAGAAAAGAAAUCAAGACAAGUCUCUUCCUCGGCCUAUACCUCCCCUCAGGGCCUGGCCUCGUUGAGCCACAUCUAUGACUUGCACAGUGAAAUAUACAGCUUGGGGAUUGUGCUGUGGGAAAUUGCGACUGGCAAAAUUCCAUUUGAAGGUAAGACAAAAAAGGUUCAUUCUCAGUACUAUUUCAGGUAUCCAACUCACUUUGUAAAUGCUCUGGCACCUGGUUUGGGUUUGUUCUAUUGAUUCUUGAAAAUAAUUAAAAUCAAAUGAAACCAUUUGCAGGAGUCCUCUAUUACUAUUUAGUGCCCAGAGAUUUGGGAUCCAGAGGAGCUGUGUUACAACAAAAGACUGUCCAACAUACUUACAUCUGCUGGAAACCCACAGCACAGUAGGUUUAUCUUCCUGGUAUUUAGGUUCCAGUUCAGCAAAGCACUUCAACACAUACUUACCUAUAAGCACCAAAAGGACCUUAUUCUGAUCCAACAAAGUACUCACAUAUACUGUACCCUCUUAUGUAAUACACACUUUGAUUUUAAGAGACAGGAGGCGCAUCUACAUGAGACACUUAAUGAUGAAUUAGCGUAAUUUACUGUGAAGUAAGCACAUGGGUC